AUGACAAGCAUUGGCGUACUUUUGCAAUCGAUUGACCGUAACCAAAGAACCAUCAAAUUCUCAGAAUACAAAGGUAAAACUGUUGCCAUCGAUGGUGAUGACUUUCUUCUUGAUGGAGCUUCCCGUGCUGCUUUGGAGCCUGUAUGGAAUCAUUCCGCCAAUUCAUAUAACGACUAUUUGCUGGAAUUUACUCAAUUGCUUGAAGAAAAUAGUGUAACACCUAUUAUGGUCUUUGGCGGUCUCACUCUCCUUUUCAAGCAAAGCAUGAAUUAUGAAUAUCGCAAAGCCCGUCAAGCUGCAUUAAACAGUGCUAGCCACCUGGAACCAGUAACCAUCUCAGAAGACAUGGCCAUUGCCACCAUUACAACUUCACAUUUAGGAACACCAUUCUCAGCAGCAGCACCCAAAUCACAAAAGUCACCUAAAUCAUCUACAUCAUCAGCAUCUAGAAUGGGACCCAAACGAGUGCUUUCUGAAUUGAGUAAUGUUACCACAGUAUCAGUGUCAGUGGCCACAACAGCUGGAGAGUUCUCUGCAUCAACCUCUGCGCAAGCCUCAUCACACUUGCCUAGACCUACAGUGGCAACACCUAAAGAGUCAACUGCUGCAUGUCCUUCAGUCUCACUACCUCCUUCAGUUGAACAACCUUUGAUGCCUUUAACUGAAGCAAGCACAACUUCAACUCAUGACGAUCCCAUCUCUCCUCCUCAUGCCCCACCAACAAAAGAUGAGAUGUCUGACACUACCACUACAAACGUGUCUAAUAAUACCACAGUAUCUAUCAACAAUAUCAACAAUAUCAACGCAAGCGUUUCUAAAGUAUCGCAGGACACAAAUCAAACAUCAAGCGGCCAAACAUGCGAGACAAACAGCCCAUCUCCACCCUUGUCGCCACCUACAGCUACAUCCAUCAAAGAGAAUACGGCUUCAUAUAAUCAACAUACCGGGGCCAAGCCCUUGGCUGACAAAUCGGCUCAACCUGUGAAAAUAACACCACCACCAUCUCAUUAUAUACCAAACAUUGCACAUAUCAACCCCUUUACAAACAAUAUAGCUACAUCCAUCAAACAGACAGCAAUCCCUACUCAACAAGACACCCUAGCCAGGCCCAAUGCCAGUGAAAUAUCUCAAGCUGUGAACAUGACGCCAUCAUCUGAUCACGUAUCUUACAAUGCUCACGUUAACUUUUCAACGAGCAAUACAACUAUAGCGGCAACUAUAACGGCCAUCAAGCUAUCUCAAAAUGCGUCAAAUGGUGGUGGAGAGGAGAACGGUAACAAUAAUAGCAGCAAAUACGAUAUGCGUGACCCCUAUUACAACAAUCCAAACUACUUUAUCCCAACAAAUAUGGCGUCAAGGUCUAAUAACGAGAAAUCCAAGAAAAGAUCGUUUACCAGACCCAGAUAG